ACUAGAUGUGGAUGCUUUGUGAAAAAUAUUGCCGGUGCUGUGUGUUGUCAUGCCCUGACUCCCUUUUCUCCAGAUCAACCUCCAGCUGGCUACAGGGGAGCUGAUGGUGCAGUCAGGUGAGGAAAAGAACAGGAUCCUUCUAUCAUGGCUGAGGCUCCAGUUUGCUCAAGACAUGGGAGUCCCAGACCAGAGGCCACACUGAGGGACAUUCAGAUCAACCUUCUAGAGUGUAAAGUCUGCUUUGAGAAAUUCAGCACCGAGCAGAGAGAGUGCCGACCACAAAACCUCUCCUGUGGCCAUGUGCUUUGUCUGGAAUGCGUCAGAGUGCUCUCUCACCCCCUCCUCAGGACUCUGGAGUGCCCAUUCUGCAGGCAGACGUGUGCUGUUGACAGCGUUUCCCACUGCCAGGCCUUGACUGACCUCCAGGAGCUGCUGUCGUCCAGAAGUCCCCAGUCCCCUGUCCCUCACCGGGUGAGGGCUGGCAGCAGUAGUUGGGUCAGGGGUCUGAGCUCCGGUGCUCUACGUCUCGGCUUAGUCUUUGGCGGUUGGGGGACACUGAUCAACCCCACAGGGAUAGCUGUUUUCGGAUCAUCCGGGACCAUGGUGGUGGUUCAGGAUGGAGACAGCAGGGUUGUGGUCUUUGGUCCACAGGGCAGGAGGCUGCACAGUUUUGGGCAGAGAGGACGAGCUCAGGAUAAGAUCUGCUACCCAGUGGAUGUAGCAGUAACCCCCACUGGGUAUGUGGUGGUGACGGAUGCCGGGGACAGUGCAGUGAAGGUGUUUACCUCCAGGGGGAGUCCUGUGUUGACGGUCCAGGAAUGUUUCCAGCUGCCGUGGGGUGUCGAUGUGGACAGCUGUGGACACAUCUUGGUCACUGACCUUCAGACUGGUUCCCUCCACCAGGUGACAGUAGACAUUGGCCGUAGAGUGACUCUGAGUAACCAAGCAGUCGUCACUGAGCUACAGAGGCCCAAAGCAGUGGCCUGCUGCCGGACGACAGGGAAUAUCGCUGUGGUGGAGCAACUGGACGACCCGUCGCAGCCACCUAAAGGCUGUCGGCCCACAAGGUUAAAAGUGUACAACAAGGACUUUAAACUGUUCUGUCAGAUAGAUAGCUUCAGCCUGAGUCUGGACUCCAAGGUGUGGCUGUGCUUGUCGGCUGUGGCUUUUGACAUUGACGGAGAUGUGAUUGUGAUUGACUCCCAGCAGGGCAUGAUUUGGAGUUUGGGAAAACUCAAGAGUGGCCCAAUUCUGAUUCCCCUUGUCAGAGAGAACCUGGUCCGUCCAGUGGGGCUGGUGCCCACAGCCCAGAACUCACUCAUUGUUUUAGACAGUGGAGACCAUUCAGUGAAGAUAUAUUCAACCAGCUCAGAAACAACUGUCGCCAUAUGAGCAGUAUACAUAGCUAGCAAUAUGCACAAAGUCUUGUUUGAUGCACACUUGAGAAAAUAUAAAAAAUAUAAAAUUGUUACAUGUUAUUGAAAGGGCAUUUUAAUUAACAUGACCCUCUGUGGCCCAAUGGACCCCUAACGUGUACUGCUAUAAAGUUUUAUAAUGCUUGCUUGACUUAGGCUAUUGAUGCAAAUAAAUACGUUUG